AUGGGCCGCAGAGGAGGAAGUUCGAGAUCAUCGGCCAGGCCCGCGUCCAAGCCCACUGCCACGGCAGCACCCGCGAAGAAGGCUGCUCCCCCCGCCACCCAGCAGCGCGCUCAGCCCCCUGCCACCCAGCAGCAUGCGCAGACCGCCCCCGCGAUGGGUGGUGGCGGCCAGAGCUUCCUGGGCGGCGUCGCCCAGAUGGCUGCUGGCUAUGCUGUCGGUCACGUCGCCAGCCGCGCCAUCGAGAACGUUAUUUUCGGCGGACACAACGCCACCCCCGAGCAGAUCCAGAAGGCCGAGGAGCAGGUGCAGCAGGGACCUUGCGCGCGCCCCUACGACGGAUUCCUCAAGUGCCUGAAGAAGAACGAGGAUGACGCCACUGAGUGUGAUUGGGCCUACGACAUGUUCAAGGAGUGCCAGACCACCAACCGGGCGAACCGCGAUUUCGGCUAUGGAGGAGAGAGCAAGGAGCAGAGCGCUACCUACUAA